AUUGCAAUUUAUGAAAGGGACUUUAAUUUUCGUUGGCUAUUUGUGGAGGCACCUUAAAUUUAAACAAACAUAUUGAGGUUAGAAUUUGCGGCAAGUAUGUUCUCUCGCGUGACAAAUUUAUUAUUUUCUGCAGGAAAAGGUUUAUAUAAAUCUUCGUAUACGUGUUCUUGUAGAAUAAUACAGUCGGAACCACUUUACAAGAAACGAACAUUUUGUAGUAAAAACACUGUUGAAAAAUUAAAGGAAAAUGAAUCUGAAAAAGAUGAUUUACAACAUAACCCCACUUACACCGUUAGUGAAAAAUACAAAGUUUUUCGAGAUGAAGAUGCUCCUAUUGUUUUUGAUGUAGAUGAGGAAAAAAAUAAAAUAAAUCUUGCUGAUCUUGAACUUGAACAGGAGUUUGUGGAUUCUUAUGAAGGUUUAAAUUUAACGCGGGGUAUCACUGGUGUUUAUGAAAUUGAAGAUCUGCUUGAAGUCUUGAAAAAGGACAAUGCAAAAGAUAUUUUCGUUGCUUCUGUACCACCAGAAUAUGCAUACGUAGAUUACAUCGUGGUAGUAACAGGAAAAACACCAAGACACAUGUUAGCUCUGGCUACAUUUGUCCGAAAAGUAUUCAAAUUAAAAAUGCACAAUGGUGAUAAAAUUCCUAAAAUUGAAGGAGAAAAAUCUAAAGAUUGGAUAGCCUUAGAUUUAGGAAAUAUCGUUCUACACGUAUUUUCUCAACAAGCCAGAGAUGUAUUCGAUUUAGAAAGUUUGUGGUCAGUUGGUGCAAAAUAUGAUGAUCAAGUCAAUGCUAAAGAUCCACAGUCGGAAAUAUUUGAAAAAUAUGAUAGUUUCCUGAAAGAACUGCAACCGGCUGAUGGUUGAAUUCAAUUAUUCUUUUUGUUUUAUUAAUUAAGGUAAUUGAUUAUUAAUAAAAUAGUUUAGAAACAAAUUUCAAUUUUACUAAAUAAUUUCUAAUUUUCUUUUUCAAAUUUUCUCAAUUUAUUAGAUUUAUAAAUUUAAUUUGCAAAAUAAAAACUCAAUAAUCAACAAA